AACAAAAUAUGUAAGUAACGUUAUAUUAAGCAGUACUUUUGUAGGAACUUCAUCAUUUACAAUUUACUGUGCACCAUAUACAGUUCUUCCAGGUCUUCAGAUAGAAUAAUAAAUAAGAUGGCUCGUUUAGUUCUCAUCGUUGCUGCAGUUUGUUUAGUUGAAAUUUUCGCAGAUGUUCCUUCACAUCCAACAUAUCUUUAUUCAUACUCAGAGCACAGAGGAAGUUUAAAGCCUCUUAAAGCUACUGAGGAAGUCCCAUCAAACGCAUAUGAAUAUCAUGUCAUUCCCAAAGACGAAUACCCAGUUGUCGAAUAUGAUAGUACAGCCAAAUCCUCCAUCUUUGAUUAUAUUACCGAUCCUAUUACCGCAAUAACUACUGUCGCAUCUAAAGCACUCAGUGUCGGCAAAUUCCUUUUAGUCAAUGGUGGCUUGGUAGUCCUUGGAAUGGCUUUAGUAAUAGGUUUUUGUGGCUUUACUCCAUAUUGUACACUAAAAAUCGAAAAGCCAUUCGUAACCGGAAUUAGAUCUCUUAAUAUACCAUAUUUAGACCACGUGGAGUCCUAUUUGAGGAAAGCUUAUGACAAAUAUCAUGCAAUGCAACACUAAUAAUUGUGUUAGUCCUUAAGUUAAGUUUUAUUUAUUCCUAUUGUUUACUAAAAAUAAAUUGAAAUUACAUACAA